ACAGAUGCUCAAUGCUCAAAUUUUUUUCGAAUUUUUCUGUUUUCGAAUAUCAAUUGUUUUACCUGAGUUAUUUGUUUACAAUAUUGGCUAUUUGUAUGGUGCUGUUUGCUCGUUUGCUUGCUAACAUAAUCCUAAUCGAAUAAAUUUGUUUAUUAUUUGAAAAACUAAUUAACACUACUAUGGCUUCAACAAUGGCUAACGAAAAUUAUUUUGAUCAAAUAAAUUGUGCACUUGUAUCCGUUUGGAAUAAUGGUACAUUUCUAUUCUCUUGUCGUAAUAUUGAUAAAGCUGAAACUAUUCGGGUAUUUCGUGAUCGUGCUCAAGAUUGGCUUCGAGUAAUCAUUCAACAGGUAUAUAUUGGUGACAAUUUGAUCGAAAAUAUUGAUCAAAGAUUGGAUGAAAUAACUGAGAUUGAAGAGUUAAUUGAAGAUAAUGCUAUAACGGUUACAUUUUUGGCUAAUUUUGCAACUAUUCCUUGUUUAACAAUGAAUCCAAUGAGUGAAGCAAGUUUCAAUUCAACACAAGUUUCAAUGUUUGCUAUUGAUCGAACUCAUGGUGAUGGUAAUCCACAAUUUUUUGGUACAGCCAAUAUAAAUCGACCUCGUGUAUCGCAUUGUGUUCCAUUAGAGAUGGUUAUCAAUAUGCCAGGAAAUUUUGACAAUCCUACUAUUGAAUACAUUAAUUUCAUAUUGAUGUCAAAUAUCGAUUGUGGUUUGCUGCAAUUCUAUCUUCAAGACGUUAACAGAGAUUUGACAAUUGGAUUUAUCAAAAAUGAAUUUGAAAAACAAUAUAAUUUAGAAAUUGAGGAAGUAGUUAUUGCCGGCUAUCAAAUGCAGGAUGAUUUUACUUUUUUUAAUUAUCCAAUUUUCAACAAUGAAAUACAUUAUGUAUUUUUUAAGGCUUCAUUUUUUACUUUAAUCAAUUGA